AUGUGAAUUUGCUCCGGAAGGAACGGAAUAAAGAGCGUUGGACAGAACGUAAGUUGUGACUUUGACUCUUUGCUCCCGCGGUUCUCGUUCCUGCCCGCAUUGACCAUUCCUGCACUUGUGCCCUCUGCGUCACUAGUGCCUCUUAUCGGCAUUUGAACACUAUGCCUCACGCUACAUCGCCCGAGCAGGGAGUGCCUAGCUUCAACGGCGAGCAGCUAUUCGUGAACGAUGGCCUCCUCCAUCCGGAACAAGUAGGGCCUCUGAAAGCAUCGUCGCCGGAUAUGCCAUUGGAAGAGCUUCGGCGCCGUUACCGUGAGGACGGCUACGUCUUCUUGAAGGGCUUGCUUGCGCGAGAGGAUGUCCUCAAGGCACGGGAGGAGUAUUUCAAGAUGCUGGCUCCCAGUGGCGUCUUGAAACCUGGAACAGCGCCGGUUGACGGCAUCUUCGACUCCGACAAAGACGCAGCGGACUUUCCUGGCAUAGGUGCUGGCGCAGCUGGUGGGAAUGGCAAGCCAGGAGCAGCGACUGCAGAAAAAUUCGUAGACUUAGCGCUACAAGCGCACUACGCUGAUUGGUACAAGGAAACUUUCUGCAAGCAUCCAGUCCUCUGGGACAUGAUCGCUCGCAUCUCAGGCUGGGGCGAGAAUACACUUGGCGUUCGGCGGAGCCUGUUGAGGAACAACACACCUGGCAACAAGGCGAUUGGUGUGCAUUACGACCAGAUCUUCCUGAGGCAUGGAGAGCCGACGAGCUUCACGGCCUGGGUUCCGAUGGGCGACAUCACCCGUCAAGGUGGAGGAUUGAUAUACCUAGAGAAUGGUCAUUUACUCGGAAGAGAAGUCGAGGCCGAGUUCACGCAGAAGGCUAAAGAGAGCGGUCUCAAUGAUGAGGAGACAAAAAAUGCUUUCAACCGCAACAUGCUCUCCACUGGACUGCUUGCUGACGGUCCCCGAGAAUACUCCGAGACGUUCCAGCGGAGGUGGCUGGUCACAGCCUACGAAGCUGGAGAUGUCGUCUUGCACACUCCUUACACGAUUCACGCUUCCACGAUCAAUUACGACGCAAACAACGUCAUCCGCGUGGGGACCGACUUGCGCUUCGUCGACAAGAGUAGGCCCUGGGAUCAGCGCUGGGAUAAGGACUAUAAAUUCAAUGACGGCGUGUAGACGGAACCAUGGACGAGCGAAGAAUGGGUGUGUAUGUGUCGUUGUGACGAGGGCGAGGGCGAAACUCGGAGGUGGACUGCGACAUGUCGACACGAGAAAUGCCAUGCAAGUUGGAAUACUCUUGACAAAUGUGCUAGUUCAACCCGUACCUUUGAAGAAAUUGAGGACCGGGUGGAGACGAAGCAGGAAGCGGAGACGAAACAGGAGGCGGAGCUUUGACAUCUGUGCAUGCUCUACCAAUGAGCGCUCGCGCC